AUUUAACCACUUUAAAGUUAGUUGAAUUAGUUAAAAAAAAAUACUUUCUAUAUUCGUUUAAUCUUAAUACAUCACAUUCUAAACUCUUCAAUUUGCAAAAUACACUAUAAUGAAAGAGACACUUCAAUUUCUACUGUACAGAUAAAAAUAUAAUCUAAAAUAUUACGUAUAAGCUUAAAUGUUGACGAUCUGGUCCAUGAACCGUUUGCCGAUGUGGGAGAUAGAGCCUCCCCACAAAUUUCCAACUUCCCUACCAUCUACCGAAUAAUUGUACGCAACUCUAGUACAAUUUACAAAUCAUAUGCUGUACAACCGUUUUUUUUAAUCCAAGUCCCACAUGUCUCUGAGUUUCUCCGUUGCUGCUGCCCUUAGAAUUUGGGACUUAUUGACAAAUCAGUCAGAACCCCCACAAUCUAACCAAUUCCAAUUUCCAUUCAACCAAAAACCCAGAAAGAAAACUCUUCUGUUUGACUAGUACACUUCAUCCUCCUCCACCUUCUCACAAAGAUUUCCACCCACAACUCUCCCAUUUCCACACCAAAACAUAGAGAUUUAAUUUUCAUCAUGGUUUUGUUAAUUAACUGGCUAUGAAUAGUACUACUUCAUCAUCUCACCAAAAAAGGAAGAAAAUAAUGAUGAGAAAUAGUGUUAGACCAGAAAAGGAUGAAUCUUUAGUAGCUCAACAUGGGUAUUUCAAAAAAGAUACAUCUUCCAAGCUUGUUAGAUUUAUAGUCUUUUUAAUGGUCUUCAUUGGUGGUAUUCUUACUGGUUUAGUUUCAACUUCUCAAAGGUCAACUUUUAAUUUUGAUAAUUAUUACAAGAUCUAUAAAGAAUCAUUUCAAAAUAAUGCUACUGAUUGUGAUGUUAUUGAGCAGAAGGAUCAAAAAUGUGGGCAAAUUGAUUGUUUAAGUAUAGAAAAUAUAGCUCAUCCAAAAGAGUUGAAUCAUGGUUUAUCAGAUCAAGAGUUGUUGUGGAGAGCUUCAUUGUUUCCUAAAAUUGAAGGGUACCCUUUUAAAAGGGUACCUAAAGUGGCUUUUAUGUUCUUGACAAGGGGUUCUUUGCCUCUUUUGCCUUUGUGGGAGAAGUUUUUUAGUGGUCAUCAAGGGUUUUAUUCAAUUUAUGUGCAUACUCAGGCUGGAUUUGUGUUUCAGGUUUCUCCUGAUUCUGUCUUCUUUGGUCGCCAAAUUCCUAGUAAGGAAGUUAUGUGGGGUGAUGUUUCACUGGCAGAUGCCGAAAAGAGGCUUUUAGCCAACGCUCUCCUCGACUUCUCAAAUGAGCGUUUUGUGCUUCUAUCCGAGAGUUGCAUCCCCGUUUACAAUUUCCAAACUGUAUACAGAUACAUCAUCGAAUCUCCUCACACUUUCGUGGAGUCGUAUGAUGAUCCAACCCGUUUUGGUCGUGGGCGCUAUGAUCGACACAUGAGACCACUCAUCGUGGUUGAACAAUGGCGAAAAGGGGCUCAAUGGUUUGAGAUUAGCCGAGCUUUGGCAGUCGAAAUCAUAUCAGAUUACAAGUACUAUGAUCUCUUUAGGAAAUACUGCCCUCCGCCUUGCUUUCCUGACGAGCACUACAUUGCGACUUACCUCAACAUAUUCCACCCGUCUCUUAAUUCGAAUCGCACCUUGACUUGGGUGGAUUGGUCCCAAGGCGGACCUCAUCCGUCUACAUUUGUAGGAGAAAAUAUUACGGAAGCUUUCAUAGAAAAAAUUCGGAAUUAUAGGAAGCAGUGUUGGUAUAACUCGAAAAGAACAUCUGUAUGUUAUCUUUUUGCUCGCAAGUUUGCUCCUAGUACAUUGGAGCCCUUGCUUGAAUUUAGUUCCAAAGUCAUGGGAUUUUAGUUUUUUGAUUUUGAUUUGGAAGUAGCGCGAAUCCAUACCGUCAUCUUUUCUGUGUUAUAUGUUAUAUAUGUUAUACAAUUCAUUAUUAAUAGAUUUUUUGAUUAAAUGAUUCGGGUUAAGGC